UGGCCCAUAAUUCUUAUAUAUAUUGCCUAAUCUUUCAUAUGCUUCUUCACAAUAAUACUCCUCACACUUCCUUGGCUUCUCUCCAUUAAUUAAUAUGUCUAGUUUUACCAAAUUAUGUGUUACACUCUUCAUUCUAGUUUCUCUCUUAGAUUGUUCUACCAAUGCACACCUCACCACUAACUUCUAUUGCCAAACUUGUCCAUCCCUUGAAACCAUUGUGCGCAAUGAAAUGACCAAAGCUAUAAAAAAAGAAACCCGGAUUGGGGCUUCUAUACUUCGUUUGUUCUUCCAUGAUUGCUUUGUCAAUGGAUGUGAUGGAUCAAUCUUAUUGGAUGACACUGCGACGUUUACAGGUGAAAAAAAUGCAGGACCUAACAAAAAUUCAGCUAGAGGGUUUGAAGUGAUCGAUGCUAUUAAAACUAAAGUUGAAGCUGCUUGCAGUGCCACCGUCUCUUGUGCAGAUAUUCUAGCACUUGCGGCCAGAGAUGGAGUAGUUCUGCUUGGAGGACCAACAUGGACCGUGCCAGUUGGAAGAAGAGAUGCAAGAACAGCAAGUCAAAGUGAUGCCAACAACCUUAUACCUAGACCAUCAUCUGAUCUCGCAACCCUAAUUAAACAAUUUAAAGACAAUGGUUUAACUCCAAAUGACCUAACUGCCCUUUCAGGUGCACACACUAUAGGCCUAGCACAUUGUUCAACUUUUAAAGGUCGCAUAUACAAUGAUACCAACAUUGACACAAAUUUUGCAACCUUAAGGAAAAAAACUUGUCCUAUUUCUGGUGGUGAUACAAAUUUAGCACCUAUUGAUGUUCUCACUCCAAAUAAUUUUGACAAUAAUUACUAUAAAAACCUUGUUGGUAGUAAAGGACUUUUCCAUUCUGAUCAAGUUCUUUUCAAUAAAGGGUCUCAAGAUAAUUUGGUUAGAGCUUAUAGUACCAAUGGUGCUAAGUUUUCUAGUGACUUUGCUCUUGCUAUGGUGAAAUUGAGUCAAAUUGGUCCUCUUACUGGGACUAAUGGAGAGAUUAGAAAGAAUUGUAGGCUUGUGAAUUAAUUGAGAUCAUGAAAUGGAGGGCAUAUUAGCAAUAUUGAAUAAAUAUUGUGUUGAAGAUUUUUUUAUCAAAGUCAUAAAACUUGACAAAAUUAAUCUUCGACACAUUGGCAAUUGUAAUGUUGUUGUGUCUAUUUUAUUUGAUAAUUUGAAUGUUUAUGGUUCCACAAAUACAUGAAAGUUGUUAUAUAGUA